AUGGAUGCCCUAGUACGUACUGUUUCUUGCUACCUGAAAAAGGAAAUGCUAUGGAUUGCACUGGUUACCGCUCACACUGAUACCCCCGGCGGACGGACGGCACCCCAUAGCUUUGCGGAGCAUUGUCGUUGCGGUGGUGGACGAGGUAUGGUUAGCAUGCCCAAUCACAUUACAGCAAAACCCGAAGGACAGGACAUGCUCCGAAGUGGUUUCGGAACGGCUCAAGGGCAGAGCUCUCCUCUAAGCCGAUACGAAGCAAUCCCAGACCACAUCACAUUCAUGUCAGGCAACGGUUUGACUGAACCGCGGGGCAGAGCAGGGAUGUUUAAGCAGUACUACGAAGAAAGGAGCAGUUACAAAACUAUCAGCGAACGUUGCAGUAUGUACUGCUUCAACGUGCCCGGCGCCUUUGAUCACUGGACCGAUGAACUGUCCCUUGAUAGACUGCCAACUGCUUCAACGGAUCUUGCUACUGGUUCUGUCAUGGCCUGUAACCCUUCUGCUUCCACAGCUCUCUGGACUCCCCGCUAA